UAGAAACCCUACUGGAAGCCCCCUUCAUAAAUAGUCUCCUCCCCCCUCCAUUUCCUCCCCAUCUCUCACUCUCUCAAAACCCUAGCGAGGCGAUCUCUUCGAUUCCUCUCGUUCUUCGAUCAGCGCAUCUCUCUCCUCUUUCUUCCUUCGUCCGUGCGACUGCAAUGGCGGAGACCGAGACGUUUGCCUUCCAGGCUGAGAUCAACCAGCUCCUCAGCUUGAUCAUCAACACCUUUUACAGUAACAAGGAGAUCUUCCUCCGUGAGCUUAUCAGCAAUGCUUCCGACGCAUUGGACAAAAUCCGCUUUGAGAGCUUGACAGACAAGAGCAAGUUGGAUGCUCAACCUGAGCUCUUUAUCCACAUUAUUCCUGACAAGACCAACAACUCAUUGUCUAUCAUCGACAGUGGAAUUGGCAUGACCAAAGCUGAUUUGGUGAACAACCUCGGUACCAUUGCAAGGUCUGGGACCAAGGAGUUCAUGGAGGCACUUGCUGCUGGUGCUGAUGUCAGCAUGAUUGGGCAGUUUGGUGUCGGGUUUUACUCUGCUUACCUUGUUGCUGAGAAGGUCAUUGUCACCACCAAGCACAAUGAUGACGAGCAGUAUGUGUGGGAGUCUCAAGCUGGUGGUUCCUUCACUGUCACCAGGGAUACCUCUGGUGAGAUCCUUGGCCGUGGAACCAAGAUCACCCUCUUCCUCAAGGAGGACCAGCUAGAGUACCUCGAGGAGCGCCGCCUCAAGGACCUGAUCAAGAAGCACUCCGAAUUCAUCAGCUACCCUAUCUCUCUCUGGAUUGAGAAGACCACCGAGAAGGAAAUCUCUGAUGAUGAGGAUGAGGAGGACAAGAAGGACGAAGAAGGAAAGGUUGAGGAAGUCGACGAAGAGAAGGAGAAGGAAGAGAAGAAAAAGAAGAAGAUCAAGGAGGUGUCUCACGAGUGGUCUCUCGUGAACAAGCAGAAGCCCAUCUGGAUGAGGAAGCCUGAGGAGAUCACGAAGGAGGAGUAUGCUGCCUUCUACAAGAGUCUCACCAACGACUGGGAGGAGCAUCUGGCUGUCAAGCAUUUCUCUGUUGAGGGUCAGCUUGAGUUCAAGGCCAUCCUCUAUGUUCCCAAGAGGGCUCCUUUCGAUCUGUUCGACACCAGGAAGAAGCUCAACAACAUCAAGCUCUAUGUCCGCCGUGUCUUCAUCAUGGACAACUGCGAGGAGCUGAUCCCCGAGUACCUCGGCUUUGUCAAGGGUAUUGUUGACUCUGAGGAUCUUCCUCUCAACAUCUCCCGAGAAAUGCUCCAGCAGAACAAGAUCCUGAAGGUGAUCAGGAAGAACCUGGUCAAGAAGUGCAUUGAGCUCUUCACUGAGAUUGCUGAGAACAAGGAGGACUACAACAAGUUCUAUGAGUCCUUCUCCAAGAACCUGAAGUUGGGUAUCCACGAGGACUCCCAGAACAGGUCGAAGAUUGCCGAUCUGCUCAGGUACCACUCCACCAAGAGUGGAGAGGAGAUGACCAGCCUCAAGGACUAUGUGACCCGCAUGAAGGAGGGCCAGAGCGACAUCUACUACAUCACUGGUGAGAGCAAGAAGGCCGUAGAGAAUUCCCCGUUCCUCGAGAAGCUGAAGAAGAAGGGGUACGAAGUUCUUUACAUGGUUGAUGCCAUCGAUGAGUAUGCUGUCGGGCAGUUGAAGGAGUAUGAGGGGAAGAAGCUCGUGUCUGCAACCAAGGAGGGGCUCAAGCUCGAUGAGAGUGAGGACGAGAAGAAGAAACAGGAGGCCCUUAAGGAGAAGUUUGAGGGUCUGUGCAAGGUGAUCAAGGAUGUCCUGGGUGACAAGGUUGAGAAGGUGGUUGUCUCAGACCGUGUGGUGGACUCCCCAUGCUGUCUUGUCACCGGCGAGUAUGGAUGGACUGCCAACAUGGAGAGGAUCAUGAAGGCCCAGGCACUGAGGGAUAACAGCAUGGCAGGGUACAUGUCGAGCAAGAAGACCAUGGAGAUCAACCCUGAGAACCCGAUCAUGGAGGAGCUGAGGAAGAGGGCCGAUGCCGACAAGAACGACAAGUCUGUGAAGGACCUUGUUCUGUUACUGUUUGAGACGGCCCUCCUCACCUCCGGAUUCAGCCUUGAUGACCCCAACACCUUCGGGAACAGGAUCCACAGGAUGCUGAAGCUCGGGCUUAGCAUCGAUGAGGAUGCAGGCGAGGCUGAUGCCGACAUGCCCCCGUUGGAGGAUGCAGAUGCUGAUGCUGAGGGCAGCAAGAUGGAGGAGGUCGACUAAGAAGGGACUUCGGUCCUUUUCUUUAGUGUUUUGGCGAGUCAGUGAACCGAUAGCCUUAAGUUUUUGGAGUGCUUUUCUUUAUAUUUUUCCUCUUAUUUUUUUUUCCGUGAAUGUCUUUAAACAAUCUGAAAACUUCUAGGCUGUUUUUGGCGAAUCCACGAUUCGUCUCUGGGUUGGACCUAAUAGCUUUUUUACUGUGCAAGUAGAUUAUCGAAUUUUCUAUAUGUUUCUUUUA